AUGGCGCCAUUUUUUAUUCUACUUUCAACUCUUGUCACGUUUCUUAUUCUUCAACCGGCUUCUUCAUUAGACGCUAAACCAUCAUCAUCUCCCCUUCAAAAUUUCCUCCAAUGCCUUUCAAACCAUUCAAAUUCUGCACUCAACAAUAUCUACACUCCAAACAACAUUGCAUUCUUAACCAUCUUGAAUACUCAAACACACAACCACAGAUUCACUGCAGCAACUGCACCAAAACCUCUCGCCAUUUUAGUAGCACGUGACGAGUCUCACGUCCAAGGCACAAUCCUAUGCGCCAAGCUUCAUGGCAUUCAGAUCAGAAUCCGAAGCGGUGGCCACGACACCGAAGGCCUUUCCUAUGUCUCCGACGUGCCCUUUCUCAUUCUUGACAUGUUCGCGUUUGAUUCAGUUCUUGUGGACAUUGGAACCCAAACUGCAUGGGUUCAAUCCGGUGCAACCCUUGGUGCAGUUUACUAUAACAUUGCCAAACACAGCAAUCUUCAUGGUUUCCCUGCCGGUGUGUGCCCCACAGUCGGAGCCGGUGGACAUUUCAGUGGCGGCGGCUACGGAAACUUGAUGCGAAAACAUGGCCUAUCUGUCGAUAACAUCAUCGAUGCAAAGCUUGUUGAUGUCAAUGGUAGAAUCCUUGACAGAAAAUCAAUGGGGGAGGAUCUGUUUUGGGCUAUAAGAGGAGGCGGCGGCGGCAGUUUCGGCGUUAUCCUCUCUUGGCAGAUCAGGUUGGUUCCUGUGACUCCGAAAGUCACUGUCUUCAGAGUGAAAAGGGAUAUACAAAACGGUGCAACGGAUGUUGUUUACAAAUGGCAAGUGAUUUCAUCAAAGCUUCAUGAAGAUCUAUUCGUAAGAGCAAUGUUUGAGGUUGUGAACAGAACAAAUUCAAAGACUGUUGAGGUUACAUUCGUUGGCAUGUUCUUGGGACAAACUGAACCACUAAUCCGUUUGUUGAAUCAGAGUUUCCCUGAAUUGGGUUUGGUCCAUAGUGAUUGCAAUGAAAUGCCAUGGAUCAAUUCAACUCUUUAUUGGUUUAAUUCUCCAAUUGGAACCCCAAUUGAAGCUUUGGUGAAUGCUCCAAGAGGGCCUACACCAGGCUACUUCAAAACAAUGUCUGAUUAUGUGAAGCAGCCAAUUCCAAAGGAAUCCUUGGAAUCUAUAUGGAAUCUCAUGAUAAAAGUUGAGCAUGUGAAGAUGGAAUGGAAUCCCUACGGUGGAAAAAUGUACGAGAUUCCACCAACACAAACACCAUUUCCUCACAGAUCAGGGAACUUGUUCUUGAUUGAGUACUUGACAUCUUGGGGUGAAGAUGGGAUUGACGCAACUAAUGUUUACUUGAACAUUUCAAGAUCUUUCUAUGAAUAUAUGACACCAUAUGUUUCGCAUUCUCCAAGGGAGGCAUUUCUUAAUUAUAGGGAUCUUAAUAUUGGUGCCAAUAAUCCCAGUAAUGUAACAAGAAUGGACAUUGCUCAAAUUUAUGGAAGAAAAUAUUUUCGAGAUAAUUUGGAAAGAUUAGUCUACGUUAAAUCCAAGGUUGAUCCUGAGAACUUCUUCAGACAUGAACAGAGUAUACCACCGCUGCUCCAUUGAUCAACAGGGCCUGC